AUGCGUGUCACUCUUAACGAUGGCCGCCAGAUGACCGGACAGAUGCUUGCCUUCGAUAAGCACAUGAACCUCGUUCUCGCCGAUGCCGAAGAGUUCCGUCGUAUCAAGCGGAGACAAACAAGCCCGCUGCCCCUGGCUCGUCUGCCCCCGCCGCCCAGACUGUCGAGCAAGAGGAGAAGCGCACAUUGGGUCUUACCAUCAUCCGUGGCGCCCAUAUCAUUUCGCUCUCCGUCGAGUCGCCUCCCCCCGCGGACCCCAGCGCUCGUCUUGGAAAAUCGACUGGUGGAGGACUUGCUUCCGCACUCCAGGCUGGUCCUGGUGUUGCUAGACCUGCUGGACGCGGUGCUGCCGCUCCUAUCUCGCUCGCUGGACCCGCCGCUGGUGUUGGCGGCGCUGCACCUCCCCCUCCAUUCCCCGGCUUCCCCGGUGCUGCACCCCCCGGUUUCCCCGGUCGUGGUGGCCCUCCUCCUCCCGGUUUCCCCGUUUUCCCUCCUGCCGCUGGCUUCCCCGGUGCGCCCGGCUUCCCCCCUUCGUUCCCUCCUCCGGGCGCUGGUGGCCCCGCUGGCUUCAACCCGCCCCCUCGCAGAUAAAGAGGUUGACCGUUCGACUUUACGAUUAAUUUACCGAUCCAAUCCGAUGGUGUAUUAUGUCCGAGACAUGCUAGAACUCCCCUGCAUAAAGCGGGCUUGGAUGAAAGCAAAUGAAGCUCUGCCCUGGUUUAAGAGGUGUGAAUUUUUAUGCUGGCGUUUAGGGGUUCAAUGA